AUGAGACCUAUUAUGUUAGUGGGGCAUGAACGUCCUUUGACUCAAGUUAAAUACAAUAAAGAAGGUGAUUUGGUAUUUUCUUGUUCAAAGGAUAGUGUAGCAAGUGUUUGGUAUUCUAUUAAUGGUGAACGUUUAGGUACUUUGGAAGGCCAUACUGGUACUAUUUGGUCUAUCGAUGUCGAUCCUUUCACUGAAAGCUGUGUCACUGGUAGUGCUGAUUAUUCUAUUAAGGUUUGGAAAGUUCAAACUGGUACCGUUAUUCACACUUGGACUGCCCCUGUUCCAAUCAAGAGAGUCGAAUUUUCUCCUUGUGGUGAUUACAUCUUGGCAGUUUUGGAUGACGUUAUGAGAUACCCAGGUUCUAUCAACGUUUAUAAAGUUUCAAGAGACCCUGUUACAAAAGAAAUUAAAGAAUUUGUAGAAGAACCAAUCUUAGUUAUUAACACUCAAGAAAACCAUAAGGGUGUCACCGUUGCAGGUUGGUCUGCCGAAGGCAAAUACAUCAUUGCCUGUCACAAGGAUGGUAAAGUUAGUAAAUAUAACGCUAAGACAGGUGAAUUCAUUACUUCUAUCGAAUUGCAUACUCAAACUAUUGGUGACAUUCAAUUUUCUCCUGAUCGUACUUAUUUCAUCACUUCUUCAAGAGAUUCAAUGGCUUACAUACUAGAUGUUGAGUCUAUGGAACAAUUGAAAAGCUACGAAGCUGAUUGUCCUUUGAACAGUGCUUGUAUUACUCCUUUGAAAGAAUUUGUCAUAUUAGGUGGUGGUCAAGCGGCUAGAGAUGUUACUACUACAAGUGCUCGUGAAGGUAAGUUCGAAGCCAGAUUCUACCAUAAAAUUUUCGAAGAUGAAAUCGGUAGAGUUAAAGGUCAUUUCGGUCCUUUGAAUUACGUUGCUGUAAACCCACAAGGUACCUCUUAUACCUCCGGUGGUGAAGAUGGUUUUGCUCGUAUACAUCAUUUCGAAAAAUCUUAUUUCGAUUUCAAAUAUGAUGUAGAAAAAGCUGCUGAAGCUAAGGAACAUAUGCAAACAGCAUCAGCUUAA